CUUUUGACAUCUGAAGGAAAGACGUUAGAGCUCAAACGGGACAGCAAACCAAUCUUGCUCUGAAAAUUAUAGGGUUUGUUUUGUGGAUUUCAUGGCUCUUCUCACCAAUAUGGCCAUCCUGAUGGUCCUUGCUUGUAUUUCCCAUCAGAUGGUGUUAGGUAGCUGUCACAGGGGCCAUGGACGUAGAGGACAGGGGGACAAAGCGCAGCGCAAGGAAAGAUCAGGGCCCAACCGUGUGAAACCUGUUCGAAGUAAUCUGCUCACCAAAGAUGGUUCACAGUGUACCUGGACUACAAUGGAUGAAGACCCCCUGUCACUCCUCAUUAGUUGCAUAAAGGGAGAAAGGAGCUUUGUUUGUACAUAUACCGCCAGACCAGCUCUUUGUCCCCAGUAUGCUUCAAACACUUUACUCUACUGGAAGCAGAUCAGCAGGGCUCUGAAGAAGCAAAACAACCUGUGUUAUAAUGAAGCCACAUUAGUGAGGGCAGGCAUGUGUAAACAUGCUCCCAGAGACGCUCACUUUAGACUGGUAGUUUCAAAGAAGGAGGUGACACCCUCUCCUUUCAUCAUUUCAACACCUCCAAACAGAAGCACCAAAUCCUGCCUGCCUAAAAACAAGAAACUGGCCAAAGAGCUUUGCAGCGACUCCUGGUCUAGUCUGUGCACCUUCUUUUCCACCAUGGUGAAUAAUUAUGAUUGCUGA